UUGUCAAUUUUCUGUCCUGUCUGAUGUGUCGAAAAUUAAAUUUUGUUUGCAAGCCAACCAAGCCGAAGUGAUUCAAAGUUUUGGAAUUUUCGCAAUUUCGCCAGUGAAUACGGAUUUUUGGCAGCAAACUUGUAUUGUGAACGUAUUCGGAAGUGUCCUGUUGUGAAUCAAAUUACCAGAGAAAAAAACAGCAACGGAAUAUGGCGGCCCAAGUUGCGGGUGUUUUCGAGCCGGAGCUUCAGGAAAAAAUUUCAAACUCCAAGAUUCUAGUGGUUGGAGCUGGUGGAAUAGGAUGUGAGAUCCUAAAAAAUCUUGUUCUUUCCGGUUUUCAGGAUAUUGAAAUUAUCGAUUUAGACACGAUAGAUGUCAGUAACUUGAACCGUCAGUUUCUGUUCCAUAAGGAACAUGUCGGCAAGUCUAAGGCGAAUGUCGCACGGGAGAGCGCCCUUAGCUUCAAUCCGAAUGUUAAAAUUAAAGCCUACCAUGACAGUAUUACGACGUCCAAUUAUGGAGUCGGCUUCUUCCAGCAGUUUAAUUUGGUGCUGAAUGCGCUCGAUAACCGUGCCGCUCGGAAUCACGUCAACCGGCUGUGUUUGACGGCGGAUGUUCCGCUGAUUGAAUCGGGCACGGCAGGCUACAAUGGUCAGGUGGAACUGAUUAAGCGUGGAUUGACGCAAUGCUACGAGUGCACUCCGAAGGCUGCUCAGAAAUCGUUUCCAGGCUGCACCAUCCGAAAUACACCAUCGGAACCGAUCCAUUGCAUUGUAUGGGCUAAGCAUCUUUUUAAUCAACUAUUUGGAGAGAGUAAUGAGGAUGAGGAUGUGUCUCCGGAUACUGCUGAUCCAGAAGCAGGAGCUGAAGCCGGGGAGAGCGCUCUGUCUGCUGAAGCCAAUGAAAAGGGUAAUGUCAAUCGUGUGAACACCCGGACCUGGGCACAGCAAAGUGGAUACGAUCCAGAAAAGAUAUUCAACAAGCUCUUCUUCGACGAUAUCAACUACUUGCUGAGUAUGUCCAACUUGUGGAAAAACCGGACUCCUCCUAACCCGGCUAAAUGGGACGCUUUGGAAGAGGAAGGCGAAGCUGCGCCGACGGAUACGGUUUUGCGUGAUCAGAAGGUCCUCAGUUUGACCGAUUCGGCUAAGGUAUUCGGGGAAAGUAUCACAGCACUGAAAGGUGAUUUCGAAAAAUUGGCGGAAGGAGAUCAUUUGGUCUGGGACAAAGAUGACAAGCACGCGAUGGACUUCGUUGCAGCUUGUGCCAAUAUCCGUGCCCAGAUUUUCAACAUUCCCCGAAAAAGUCGAUUCGAAGUUAAAUCUAUGGCAGGGAAUAUCAUCCCAGCAAUUGCCACGACUAAUGCCAUCACCGCUGGCGUUGUUGUGAUGCAUGCCUUCCGAGUUUUACGUGGGGAAUUAGAGAAGUGCAAAUCAGUGUACAUGAGGCUGAGACCAAACGCGCGUAACCAGUUGUUCGUUCCGGAUCGCACAUUGAACCCACCGAAUCCCAAGUGCUACGUUUGCGCUGCUAAGCCGGAAGUUACACUCAAAGUGGAUACUAAGAAUGUUACUGUUAAGGAAUUGCGUGACGAUAUUUUGAUUAAAGCACUGAACAUGCUUAAUCCUGACGUAAUUCUCGAUGGUAAGGGUACGAUUGUCAUCUCCUCGGAGGAAGGUGAAACCGACUGUAACAAUGAUAAGAAACUGGAACAAUUGCAAAUCGUCGAUGGAUGUAUCCUGAAGGUGGAUGAUUUUGUACAGAACUACGAACUGACUGUUACCGUCAUCCACAAAGAUCCUGCUCGAGAUGAGUCGCCAUUUGAUAUCGUUGCCGAUCCAGAUUCACUUAAACCGAAAGAUGAUGAAGAUCAGAAAACAGAUGAUGCCCAACCAUCUACAUCCGGCAAGAAUGGUACUUCGGAGGCGUCCUCUUCAUCCGCGGCCGGAAACGGAACUGUGGACGACGAUGACGAUAUGUGUAUUAUCGAAGAGGAUGCCGAGAAGCCUAGCACCUCGGGCGCCGUUGCCGGACCAAGCAGCUCCGGUUCCGAAAAACGAAAAAUCGAAGACAGUGAAGGACCAUCGACGAAGAAGCCACGCGUUUCGAACGACGAUGACGAUGAUGAUCUAAUCGUUAUCAACUGAGGCGAUGCACGGCAUUGUUUUAACGGUAAGAGUAAACUUUGAUGUUUUAUUCUGUUGUGAAACUAUUUCUAACGGAAUUCGAUCAUGUAUCACUAGAGCUGGUAGCUUCGCAAAGAACCUCUAUAAUAAAUGUAUCUCAUACAAUAA